CGCCGAGGGAGCGGCGGGGCCGGCGCCAUGGCCGAGCGGGGCCGCCCGGGCCUCGCCGGCGCGCCCGGCGCGCUCAACACGCCGGUGCCCAUGAACCUGUUCGCCACCUGGGAGGUGGACGGCUCCAGCCCCAGCUGCGUGCCCAGGUUAUGCAGCCUGACGGUGAAGAAGCUGGUGGUGUUCAGGGAGCUGGAAAAGGAGCUCAUCUCUGUGGUGCUCGCUGUGAAGAUGCAGGGCUCCAAGCGGAUCCUGCGAUCCCAUGAGAUUGUGCUGCCCCCCAGUGGACAAGUGGAGACGGAUCUGGCGCUGACCUUCUCCUUGCAGUACCCCCACUUCCUGAAGCGCGAGGGCAAUAAGCUGCAGGUGUUGCUGCAGAGACGCAAACGUUACAAGAACCGAACCAUCCUGGGCUAUAAGACACUGGCGGCUGGUGCCAUCAACAUGGCCCAGGUGAUGCAGCACCCCUCAGAGGGCGGCCAGGUGCUGGGUCUGUGCAGCGGCACCAAGGAGGCGGCUGUCAAGGUGGCCGAGGUCUGGGUCUUCUCCCUGUGCAGCCAGCCUGUCGACCAUGAGGACGGUGCCAUGCAGGCCGGUCCCAAGGCCAAGUCUGUGGACAACUAUUCGGAGGAAGAGGAUGAAAGCUUUUCCUCGGAGCAGGAGGCCAGUGAUGAUGCUGUGCAGGGCCAGGACCUGGACGAGGAUGACUUUGACAUGGGGAAGGCAGUGAAGCAGCGGCGCUCGGUAGUAAGAACGACGUCCAUGACCAGGCAGCAGAAUUUCAAGCAGAAAGUAGUGGCGCUGCUGCGGAGGUUCAAAGUGUCAGACGAGGUUCUGGACUCAGAGCAGGAUCCGACGGAGCAUGUGCCUGAGGUGGAGGAAGACCUGGACCUGCUGUAUGAUACGCUGGAGCCCAGUGACAGUGGCCCCGACAUGGACGAUGAUGACAGUGUCCUCAGCACGCCCAAGCCCAAGCUCAGGCCCUACUUCGAAGGCCUAUCCCACUCCAGCUCGCAGACCGAGGUGGGCAGCAUCCACAGUGGGCGCAGCCAGAAGGACCCACCAAGCCCUGUGAGUCCCUCCGCUCUGGGGUCAGGGGCUGAGGUGCCUGAGAAGACGCGGGCCCUGGGGGGGAAGCUGCCCAGCGACAGCGUCUCAGACCUGGUAGCACAUCACAGUGGUCAGGUCCUGGGGGAGCAGCCAGCUCUGCCCCAAGACAGCCCCGAGACUGAACCCAGCAGCCUAGACAUCUUCACUGAGAAACUGCCUCCCAGCGGGCGCAUCACCAAGACCGAGUCGCUUGUCAUCCCAUCCACCAGGUCUGAGUGCAAGCAGGCAGGCCGUCGGGGGCGGAGCACGUCCCUGAAGGAGCGGCAGCCGGCCCGGCCUCAGAAUGAGAGGGCCAACAGCCUGGACAACGAGCGCUGCCCAGACUCCCGCAACCAGCUGCAGAUCCCCAGAAAAACCGUGUAUGACCAGCUGAAUCAUAUCCUCAUCUCCGACGACCAGCUCCCUGAGAACAUCAUCCUGGUCAACACCUCUGACUGGCAGGGCCAGUUCCUGUCAGGUGUGCUGCAGCGACACACGCUGCCUGUGGUCUGUACCUGUUCAGCCGCCGACGUCCAAGCUGCCUUCAGCACCAUCGUCUCCCGCAUCCAGCGAUACUGCAACUGUAACUCGCAGCCACCGCGGCCAGUGAAGAUUGCUGUGGCGGGCGCCCAGCACUACCUGAGCGCGGUGCUGCGCCUCUUUGUGGAGCAGCUCUCGCACAAGACUCCCGACUGGCUGGGUUACAUGCGCUUCCUAGUCAUCCCACUGGGCUCGCACCCUGUGGCCCGCUACCUGGGCUCCGUGGACUAUCGCUACAACAACUUCUUCCAGGACCUGGCCUGGCGUGACCUGUUCAACAAGCUGGAGGCCCAGAGCACUGUGCAGGACACGCCCGACAUCGUGUCAAGGAUCACUCAGUACAUCUCAGGGGCCAACUGUGCCCACCCGCUGCCCAUCGCAGAGGCCAUGCUCACCUACAAGCAGAAGAGGAGAAAGAACUUUCAUUUUGACUUUACCCUCAGCCCUGAUGAAGAGUCUGCACAGAAGUUCAUCCCCUUCGUAGGGGUGGUGAAGGUAGGCAUCGUGGAGCCGUCCUUGGCCACCUCAGGCGACUCAGACGAUGCAGCCCCAUCGGGCUCCUGUGUGCUCUCGUCCACCCCACCGUCCUCAUCUCCUGCCACCAAGGAAGCCUCACCCACGCCCCCCUCCUCCCCGUCAGUGAGUGGCAGCCUGGCUUCCCCCAGCCAGGGAGUCGGCGCCGAAUUGAUGGGGCUGCAGGUGGACUACUGGACGUCGGCACUGCCCACAGACAGGAAGAGGGACGCUGAGAAGAGGGAGCAGCCCAGCGCCAAGACAACGCUCAAGAGCACCUUCCGCUCUCUCCAGGUCAGCAGGCUGCCCAGUGGCGGCGAUGCGGCCCUCACGCCCACCAUGUCCAUGACCGUGGUCACCAAGGAGAAGAACAAGAAGGUCAUGUUCCUGCCCAAGAAAACCAAGGACAAGGACGUGGAGUCCAAAAGCCAAUGUGUGGAGGGCAUCAGCCGCCUGAUCUGCACAGCUAAGCACCAACAGAACAUGCUGCGAGUCCUCAUCGAUGGUGUGGAGUGGAAUGAUGUCAAGUUUUUCCAGCUCGCAGCACAGUGGUCAUCCCACGUCAAGCACUUCCCCAUCUGCAUCUUUGGACACUCCAAGGCAUCCUUCUAACCCCUCCCGUAGCCCAUGGCCCCUGUCUGGCGGGGGACACGGCCUGGUCUCAGCUUCCCUGUAAUACUCGGUGGGUGACAGCCAGAUCCUUAAAUGCAGCUGCUGUCUCCGUGUGAACGUGAUCACAGCCUGGCAGCAGAGGAUCUGGUCUGCCUUGGCCCCGGUUCCCAGGGCUGCCCACCUGCUGGAGAGGAGGGCAGGACAGAGGCCCUGCCUGUGCCUGCAGGUCUGAACACUUUUCAGUACAGGUAACUCUUAUCUGCCGAACCUGAUGGUGCCCUCCUGAACCCCAUGCCCGACCUGGGAUUGGGCGCUGCUCCAACCUGCCCCUGCUGUCUGCUCCGCACGCACUAUGGCCCUGCAGGGCUAACCACCAUCUGGGCUACUGCCUCGCUCUAGACAGGCCCCCUGCACCCUGAAGAUGCUUGUCCCCAGCUGAGCCCCUCCAGGCCUUGCCCCAUACCAGCCUCAAGGCCAUCCACGGUUCCUGUCGGGGAGGAGGGAUCCAGGGAGCCUGUCCCCCACCAGAGGCUCUGCCAGUGGUCCCACAACAUGCCCUACAGGAGAACUGGGCUGCACUCACCCCGUGCCUCAGUUUCCCUGUCCACCACGGGGGCAGCCACGUUCCCUGCCUACCUCACGGAGCCAUUCUGAGGACUUGUGCUGGCACCGGUUCCUCCAAGGCAGAAGCUGCAGAGGCCAGAGUGGGUGCAGGGCAAGGGGUGCCCAGUCCAGGGGCCAAGGUUAGGUGCCUCCGCCCAGCCCUGCACCCCAUGGCGCUGUGUCACCCCACGCCCCGUCUCCCCAGGACACGCGGGCCAGUGUCCACUUGGGGGCAAGGGCCCCCACCUUGCUGCACUGUUCUGGCUCCAGAUGAGGCCUCGCUGCCCGUGGCCGGGCCACUGUCAGGCCCCGACGGGGCGGGCUGACAGGCCGAGCGGACCCUGCUGCUCUGUACACCGUGCGACGCUUGUUUCUAGGGUGUUUGUUGCUAGGUCUCUUUUCUAACGAAACAGGACUGAUGUAAAUAGCCUUUGGGGAAGCAGGCGCUGAUGUGUCACGGACCUAACUGGACUAUUUUAAGGUGCUGAUGCAACAGAAUAAACCUGGAGACACA